UAUUUUGAAGGAAUCACCGGAUGAUGGUAACUCUUCCAGAAAAGUUAGCUGAUCAACUGUCUAACCCGGCAGCGAGGCAACGUUGUUGAAUCUUUUACAAGAGUUUUUUUAUUCGCUAAUGUGCUUUAUUCUCCUCAUUUAAAUGCCGAGUCGUGGGUUGUUUAUAGUGGGUGUUAUCACCCUCGACGUGUGUUGCUAGGCGAUGGACGAGCAGCCGAUCCAGGCGAGCGACGAAGAACAAGUGGUGUUGCGGGAAGAUAGUAGGCGGCGGAGACGAAGGAAGGCCAUCAUGUCGUCCUCCUGCGCUCCCAUGGAUCACAUCGUCGUGGAGUUCGUUCUCCCCACAGUGGCACGGGGCGGCGACUGCCCCGACACGCUGCAACUGGAGGUUGCGGUAAACUGGACAGUGGAACAGGUGAAGGCACAAGUGUGGCUGAAUGCGAUGACAUCCAACCUCUGUCCAGAAUUCUACCAGCGGUUUUCUCCUGACCACUGCAUACUACUCUACCAGAAAAAAGGCAACAUGUGCGAGAUCUACGACAAGCACCAAGUCUUCCAGACGCUGGACUGCGUACGCUACUGGAGAGCCUUGAAGAAGGAUGUUGGCCGGAUCAAGCUGGUCCCUCGUCUGCAGCCCUCAGACGAGACCCUUCAGUACCAGCGGUACCUCAACUACCUGAUCGGCUACGACGUCACCGACGUCAGUAACGUGCACGACGACGAACUGGAGUUCACUCGCAGGAAGCUGCUGACGCCGCGGCGCAUCGAGCUGUCGGGCCGCGACGCAAAGCUCUAUUCCAUGGACCCGUGGGUGACACACAAGCCGCUGCCGGAGCACCUCCUGGGAAAGAUCAGCAACGGCCAUGUCCUCGUUGUAAUCCACAUUUCCACAGCCAGUCAAACCAUCAAGGUGUCCAUUGACGACACACCGGCGCAGGUUUUGUCCAGCUUCUUAUCCAAAACGGCAAAUAAAAGAGGCUUGCUGGGCAUCCCCGACAGCACCUGCGAGACGGACUUUGUGCUGCGCGUGUGCGGCAGGGAGGAGUACCUGUUUGGAGAGAAACCGCUGCGCAACUUCAACUGGAUCCGUCAGUGUCUAAAGAAUGGCGAGGAGAUCCACUUGGCUCUGGAGACGCUGCCAGAUCCAGAACUGGAUUUGGUCCGUGAAGAGGACUGGGCCCAAGUGGACGAUUGCACCGGUGUCGCAGGCACGCAUGAGCAGCUGACCAUCGACGAGAAGGACCACGAACGACUGUUCACCGUCUCCAUGUGGGACUGUAACAGGAAGUUCCGAGUGAGGGUGCUGGGAAUCGACAUCCCGACUCUUCCUAAAGUUCCCGACUUUGUCGUGUUCAUUGAGGCCAGCAUCUUUCACAGUCAGCAGCUUCUCGCUCAGGAGCGGACGACUCCCAAAGUCUUCAAUGAAGAAGUGUUGUGGAACUGCUGGUUAGAGUUUAACAUCAAAAUCAAGGACCUGCCUAAAGGGUCCCGACUCAACCUGCAGGUGGUGUGCAGGAAACAACCCCAGACCCCAACCUCAAAAGGAUCCUCCCAGCAGGAUAGCACAUCAGGAGGCGGGAGUCAAGACGGCAAGACCAAGAGCCGCCUCCUGUACUACGUCAACCUGCUGCUGGUCGACCACCGCUCGCUGCUGCGCCAGGGCGAGUUCGUCCUGCACAUGUGGAAAAUGCCCGAGAAGAGCGAGGAGAGCAGCAGCAGCAGCAUCAACGCCGACAAGCUGACGUCGGCCACCAACCCGGACAAGGAUUCGUCUAUGGCCAUCGCCAUCUUACUGGAUAAGUACCGCUACCCCGUGGUGCUUCCCAAGAGCCGCGAUCCGAGUCGAGACGGCGCUCUCGCGGCGGAGGAGCCCGACGGAACCGAGCGAGGUCAAAGGGAGAUGCCGAACCACCUGAAGAAACAGUUUGCCACCAUCGUGGCGACUGACCCCCUUCAUCCAUUGAGUCCCGAGGACAAAGAGCUGCUGUGGCAUUUCCGACACGAGUGUAUGCGUGACCCCAGGGCCUAUCCAAAGCUGCUGUCAUCAGUCAGUUGGGGAAAACAGGAAGCCGUCCUGGCAAUCCACCGGCUGUUGGAGCGCUGCACCGCAUGGGACAGCAGUGUUUUGGACGUCGGCUUGGCCAUGCAGCUGCUCGACUGCCACUACUCCGACGCUCAAGUCCGCUCCAUGGCCGUGCGGAAGUUGGAGACGCUGGAGGAUGACGACGUGCUGCGAUACCUUCUGCAGCUUGUCCAGGCGGUCAAGUUUGAGCCGUACCACGACGGCGCACUUGUCAGGUUCCUGCUCAAGAGAGCGCUGAGGAGUAAGCGUAUCGGCCAUUUCCUCUUCUGGUUCCUCCGCAGUGAAAUCGCCCAGUCCAAGCAUUACCAGCAGCGCUUUGCGGUCCUGCUGGAGGCCUACCUGCGAGGCUGCGGCGAGGCCAUGCUGCAGGAUUUCGGGAAACAGGUGGAGGUGACUGAAGCUCUGCAGAAAGUCACCCGAGAGAUCAAAACCAUGUCCCCAGACAAAUAUGACGUCACGGCACAAGUGGUGUGUCAGAUGCGUCAGAAGCUGGAGACGCUCCAGUUAUCUGGUCUUCCACAGGGUUUCAGGGUGCCUUAUGAUCCCGGAUUAAGAGCUGGAGCCCUGCUGAUCGAGCAGUGCAAAGUGAUGGCAUCCAAGAAGAAGCCGCUGUGGCUGCAGUUUAAAAGGGCCGACCCCACCACCCUGUCCAAGGACCCCAUAGGGAUCAUCUUCAAGCACGGUGACGACCUCAGACAGGACAUGCUCAUCCUGCAGAUUCUGCUGAUCAUGCAGUCCAUCUGGGAGACUGAAUCUCUGGAUCUGUGCCUGUUGCCUUACGGCUGCAUCUCCACCGGGAACAGGAUAGGUAUGAUAGAGAUCGUGAAGGACGCCACCACCAUCGCUAACAUCCAGCAAAGUGUCGUCGGCAGCACCGGAGCCUUCAAAGACGAAAUCCUGCAUCAGUGGCUGCGGGACAAGUGUGUAGGCGAAGACAAGUUUCAGCAGGCCGUGGAGAGGUUUUUGUAUUCCUGUGGCGGUUACUGCGUGGCUACCUACGUCCUGGGCAUCGGCGAUCGCCACAACGACAACAUCAUGAUCACCGAAUCGGGGAAUCUCUUCCACAUCGACUUUGGCCACAUCUUGGGGAACUACAAGAGCUUCAUGGGAAUCAGUAAGGAAUGGGUUCCCUUUGUGCUCACGCCGGACUUCCUGUAUGUUAUGGGAACGUCAGGAAAGAAAAGCAGCCCCCACUUCCAGAAAUUCCAGGAUGUGUGCGUCAAAGCGUACCUCGCUCUUCGACACCACACCAACCUCCUCAUCAUCCUCUUCUCCAUGAUGCUGAUGACGGGCAUGCCCCAGCUGACCAGCAAGGAGGACAUCGAGUACAUCCGCGAGGCGCUCACCGUCGGCCGCUGCGAGGACGAGGCGCAGCGCCACCUCCUGGAUCAAAUCGAGAUUUGCCGGGAGAAAGGCUGGAUGGUGCAGAUAAACUGGUUUGUUCACCUGGUGCUGGGCAUCAAGCAGGGGGUGGAGAAACGCUCCACAUGAGCGUCACAUGAGGACAAAAUAGGAAGGACCCGUGAAAAAUAUAAAAUGCGACUUGGAUUUUUAUAUGACAGUUACAACAAUGUUGACAUACUAAACUACAUGUGCUUCUUUUAUCCAGCGGUUCCAUUUCAUCACCACUCAUAGACCAAGUCAAAAGGCAAAGGUUUUACAUCCCUAUCACAGUUUCAGUACGAUUUUCCCACUUUGAGUCUUAACCCUUUCAGGGACAGCGGUUACCACAGUGGACAGCUUCUCAUGAUGCGGAUGGAUU